CAUUGCUGUCUCGAUCCUACCGCGCACGGACCACAACCACCCAAAGAAGAAACCAACCUCAGCAUCAAAUCCCCCGUCCCGAUAUCAAUCAAUCAAUCAACAACAACAACAACCACCCCAGACCUAUUCUCUGAACCUCCCCACCGAAAAUCCCUCACAAUGCUCCAAACGCGCAUGCUCUCCAAAGAAGACGAAGUCCGCGGCGAAGACAACGAGGUCCGCCGCGAGGACCAAGAGAAGAUCAACCGCUUCAGCCGCCUCCACCAACGGGAGACUAUCCUGGAAGAGCAAUUGAAGCUGAAGCAGAAAGACAAGGAAGACCUCGAAGAAAUCUCCACAGAACUCGAACUAGCAGAUGAAGAUGAGCUUGUGCCCUACAAAAUUGGUGACUCCUUCUUCCAUCUACCCCUCGAAGAAGCCCAGUCCCUCCUCGCCACCUCCACCGAGCAGAUCGAUGCUGAGGUGAGCAAGCUAGAGGAAAACCUGGGCGAUCUGCGCGAGGAGCUGCAGCAGCUCAAGGUGGCUUUGUAUGCACGCUUUGGUCGGAGUAUUAACCUGGAAACUUAGUGUGGAAGAAGUCUCGUUGCAGUUGGGGGGAAAUGGGGCUUCUUGUAUUGUACCUACCUACCUUCCUACCUACCCUGUUGGUCUGAUCGUUUGCUUCGCUUUGUUGAUAAUGAAAUCUCUUACCCUGGUCAGCUGAGGGAUUUAUACUGUGGGGAGGAUCAGGGUGAUCUGGAAAUGUAGAGUAAUUUAUCAUUAAUAGUCAGACUGUGGUGAAAUUAGGUGG